AUGGCAUCGCUGUAUCCCUCGCUGAAGAGCCCCCUAUUGCCCGGUCCACAGUUGCCGGGGACACAGGCUGCUCAACGUCUCCCAGAUGGAGUCUGCCGACGUCUGCUGUCAAGUCAGCUGGAAGAUCUGAUCUCUGCAGGGACUGACACCAGGACGACACCUCCAAAACCCUUAGUCACCGAGAAGCUGACCAAGGCCGAGCCUGUGCCGCCGGGACUGAUUGAUGGCGAUGGCCAGCGAGGCCGCCUGACGGAUCGUGUUGUGCGGGAUCCAGCGGAGCGCAAGGCCAGCCUCAGGAAAGUAGCGAAGCACACCUGGACUCCUACAGAGGAUUUGGAGCCAUCCUUGCAGCAGCAGCCGCUCGUGCUUCUGGGAGACUUCAUGCCCAAAGAUGGCCUGAAGGAGACGGAAGCCUGUGAGAGAAAGAUCCUUUUGUGGGAUGAAGGCCGGCGAUGUUUUGCAUCACACUGGCCCGGUGUUCUGCCAUCGAAUGUUUGCGGCUAUGCUUUUGAUCUUCUAUUGCAGCAUGGGCCAUGGGAAGCCCUCCACAGCAAGAAAGGCCAAGUCACUCGAGAGACAUGCUGGUAUGUCCGAGCAGGUUGUCGCUGUGACUAUACCUACGGCACUGCAAGAGUCAGAGCAAAAAAAAAACCUUCAGCUACUUUUCGAGCGGCUAUGGAAACUUUGCUGGAAGAGGUCAUGCGCCGUGUGUGUCCUUGGCUUCCGAAAGAUGCGUGGCCAAACUCCGCAAACCUGAACCUCUACACGGAAGCGUGGCAGUCAGUGGGUUGGCACGCCGAUGAUGAGUCUCUCUUUAUGGGCCGCGACCGAGACUGUCCAAUCGUUUCCGUUUCGCUGGGUGCCAGGAGGGAGUUUUGGCUUGCUCUUCGGCACGACAACUGUAUGGACCCUCAGUCGAAGAGCAUCAUUGAGGUAGAUCUGCGCGAUGGAGAUGUGUUGACAAUGGAGGGCCUCUGCCAGAAGCAUUGCGUCCACUUCGUGCCCUGUGACAUACGCAGCGUAGCACCUCAUCCUGGUGAUUCUGACAGCUGUCGAAAGCGAAUUAACGUCACGUGGCGCUGGAUCCGCGACCACAAGCAGAGGUGCAGGAAGCCAAGCCUGAGUCCGAAUCGUUGUCUUCUGGUCUGCAGUGAAAGGACAUUAGACGUAGUGCGUUAG